UAGUAAGGAUGCAAUGGCCAACAACAGCUCAGCAACUACUGCCCCAUCUACUGCACCACCCAAGCCUGCACCUCCCGCUGCCACUGGAGGGCCUCCUGCUCGUCCCGGACCACCUGCCAAACCUCCACCACCCUCUGUCACACCCACAGCUGUAGCCCCCACCAAAACCGCCACCAGUGCCCUUGAUGAUGGCUUCUUGUUGGACCUCGAUCCCAUGUCAUCAUCGUCAGCUGAUGGGACAGCAGCACCUUCUGCUACAACAGGAUGGGGCGACCUUUUGGCCGAUGCCACUCCUGCUGCCAGUAACAGUGCUUCUGAGGCUAAACAAGAAAAGAAAGAGCUUGCUACUGAUGCUGCCGCUGCCUCUGCAGCCACUGCUGUUACUGCCGCUUCCAUGCCAGCACCAACCUCCCUGCCUGUCGCAGCUCCCACCUCCUCAUCAGUUAGGGACAUCGACCUUUUUGGAGGAGAUGGUCCUGCUGCAGUGGCUGCGGGUCCUGCUACUGAUGCAUUUGGUGAAUCUGACCCUUUUGCUACGACUGAGGGGAGUGCGGACAUUGCUCCAGGGCUGGACCUGUUCGCUAUGAAACCCACUGACACGGGUGCUACCGCCAUCACCCCGCCUACCUCUAGUGAGGCGCCGCCCAUCGCUGCCCCUGUCACCGCCCCCGCUGCUGCCCCCACCCCUUCUAUCACCGCCACCACUAGCACCACAGACACCACCACCACAGAGUCUGCAGCUGCUCCGACUCUAGAUUUCUUUGGUGAUGUGCUUGAUGCUAUGCCUGAGCAAAGUCCCACUACAGAGUCUAAAGCCGCAACCACUCCUAGCGUAGACCUUUUUGGUGCAGACCUUCCUGCUGUUUCACGCGGGCCUUCUCCUUUGCCUGAGCCGGCUCCGUCUGGAGACAUUGUCACUGAACCUGUUUCAGCUUCAGAUCCAGCUCCGGUUGUUGCGCCAACACCAGCUCCUGCUCCUAUUGAUGAUCCUGCUUCUGAAGCCUCCUCUCCACCCAAAGAGGAGCCAACCCCAGUCAUUGACCUGCUAGACUCUUUCAGCGGCUCUGUGAAGGACACGCAGAGCUCUGCUCCUGGGGAACCUGGUGGUGACCUGUUGGGAGACAUCAUGGCUCCCACCGUGGCCCCAAUCCUGGCCCCAGCUACAGUGCAGAAUGAUCUUCUUGAGUCGGGCUUUGAAGCGAUAGGUUCACUUCCUUCUCCGACUCCACCUGUGCCAGCUGUGCCAAUGGUACCCGCUACAUCUGAAUCGGCAAAGACCACAACGGUGCCAUCUGGUAGCUUUGAUGCUUCAAUGUUUGAUGGAUUAGGUGAUCUGCUGAUGCCCGCUGUAACACCACAGAGCUCCGGGGGUAGUACGACAGGAAGUGCAGCAGGGAGCAUGGGAACACCUGUCACAGUUGAAAACAUUGCAGCUGCUCCGCCUGCAACCCCACCACCUACCAAAACUAUUGCAGGGGAUCUUGACUCUUCAUUGGCCAACCUGGUUGGAGACCUAGGCGUGAAGAAAAAGGACCCACAAAGUGAGAAGAAGUUGACUGGAGGUGCAAACUGGACCCCUCAUGUGGCUCCCACAAGCUGGAGCACACCAGGAGUCCCCAUGGCUGGUGUGGCUCCUGGAGGACCUGGAGCAGCACCUCCUGGUGGAGCAAUGGUGCCACCUAUGAGUGCACAGCCUGGCUUUGGUAUGGCUGCUACAGGAGGGCCAGGAGCACCUAUGAUGCAGCCUAUGAUGAGUCAGCCAAUAAUGGGUCAAUCCAUGAUGAGACCUCCUUUCGCUGGUGUGGUCGGAGCUGCACCUAUUGGAGCAGCGGCGCCCGGAGCACCGCUUUCUCCUGCACCUGCGAGUCAGAGUCCCAAAAAGCCCAAGGAUCCUCUGGCAGACCUUGACCUCAAGGACUUCUUAUAACACACAAAAAGCAGGAUCUUUUCCUCGACAGAGUCGGAUGCUCCCAUCGUUUACCCGGCGUCUGUCAAGAUUUCAGGAUGCCAACAGCCCUGUCGUUCUCUCUUUUGUCUGCUACUUGACGUGAUAAGAGCCUGGCUCCCCCAUCCACUUCCUGUUUCCUUCUCCUGUGUGAUGUUGUAGCACAAACUGUGAAAGUGAAUCAUAGCGGAUUAUAAACAGUAUAUGACUAUAUAUGAGAAAAGAAUUCCAAGUGCGUGCUCAUGUAGAUGUUUUAAUCUUUUUCGUCCUCAAGCAAAAUCUCACAUGAAACCCUGAAAAUGUUCUCGAGUGCAAGUGAAGGUAUAUGUGCAUUGGUUUUAAUUCUUGUGUUGAAUGAUGGUUGUACUUUGGUGUCUUGAGCUCUUGCCUCUUCGUAAAGCGGGAGGAGCCCCACUUUGUUCUACUCCGAUUGGACAAGAGCGCUAAUGAAGUCUCUGUAGUAUUUUUGAGAACUUUGUUGUGUCUUGUUUACAGAAAGGGAAGAUCUUAAUUGAUGUACAUAGACUCCUCUGGUGAUUAAAACAAUGACAUCUUUAUUCUGUACUGUAUUGUAUGUCUGUUGAAGAGAAGUGUCAAUGUGAUCUGACAUGAAAUUGUAAGGAGCCAUGUGAGUGUCAUUCUUUCAUCAUUUAAAGAAAACAAAAAGACAAUGAUCUAAUAUUGUAUAUUAUGAAACAAGUUGUGUGGACCUCUGAGAUAUUAGAACAUAAACCGAGGCUUUGUGUUUCUUUUUAUUUGUGGCUUAUUUUUCUUUUACUAUUUUGCGUCAGUAGUCAUAUUUAUUUCUUAAAUGAUGUACUGUUGAUGUUUAACUGUUUUGCUAUGGAAGGACAAAUCUUAUUAGAACUUCUCUUGAAAACGUUUUGCCGGUAGUGAUUUUUCAUGACAACACAUUUAAAGUUCCCCUUCGAUAAAACAAUUCCACAUUUUCACGUAUGUAUGAAAUCGAUAACUAAUCAUUGAGAGGAGCAAAAACUUUCAUGACAGAUUUUAAAAAUGGAGAUGGUUUGCAAAUGGAAUGGCAUUUAUUAAAUCUCAUCAAGAUAUCAUAGUUCCAUUGAAAGCAAAUCAUGACAACGUGUAACUAAUGUAUCGACCCACAAUCUUUUCCUUCAUUUUCCACGGAAUUUCGUGGGCGCUUUGAUUGUUUGUGUGUUGACAUGGAUUUGAACUACAUUCUUUUCGCAUAAGUACAGCGAUGCAUCUCCUCUGUCAUUUUAGUGGACUGUGUAAAGCGUAAGGUUGUACAAAAGAAAUCGGUUUCAGAUUUAACAUUUUCAUGCACUGAGUUUCAAGAGUUUUAUUUUUGUUUAUUUUGUGUAUGAUGUCCCUUUCCAGUGCAUGUAAGCCCUUUGAGAUGCAAUAAACUAAAUGACGGAUUUAACUCUUCUUAUCC